AUGUGCAAGUUCAUGGAACUUGAGUUCUCCUGCUCCACUGCAGACAACCCGCAUCGGCUGGAAACUCCAGGGUUUCUCCCUUGUGACGAUUUUCAGAGCUGUGUAGUUGAACUGGUCACCCUCAAAAAGCCAGACCCGGAGAAAGGGUCGAACUCACGAGUAUUAGUGCGACACUACGAGAUUGUCAAAAUCGAUGGCGAUUGCCAGAAGUGCGCUGAGAGAAAGACCAAACUCAUACAGAACGAAGAAAGAAUCUUCCUAGAACUCAAGAAAGAGUCAGAAGACAGGAACAUGCUUCCAGAAGGCCUCGCGAAGGAUAGUCAGGAAAAAUUUGUAGAGGUCGAAAACCCGAACCAAACCCACCAAAACAAGACUGACAAUCAGCUUGAAACCAUCUGUGCCUCUGGACCUUGUCAAAGCCUCGCUAUUGUUUCCUCUGAUGGGCAACAAGGCAUGUUCUGCAAGAGACAUACCUGUAGCGCUACCGAAUGGGACUGUCUCUUGGAUAUCUCAACUACUCGUAUCAAUGCCCAGCCUUCGAUUUACUGCCCUGCGCAUACUUGCAACAGACUUCGCUGCGGUCUUCGCAUUGCAGAUCUCUCGACUCUUUACUGUACCAGGCACCAAACAGAGAUCUACAUGAAGUUUGCCUCUCUUCAGUAA